CCCAGAAGACUUGCCUGCGGAAUUCUGAGAGCAGAGUGAGUGCGACAUUUUGAAUAAUCUCUUUAUCUUCCCCUUCUCACAAUUUUCAUCAUCUCUCUCUCUCUCUCUAUCGUACCAUAUCAUGUAGUAUAAAAAGGGGAAGACGAAGGCCUAAAAAGCUCAGCUAAAGACUUGACAGAAUUUAGACAGACCUGGUGAAAAAGCAAAGCUAAAUAAGCUUCAAUUGAAUUGUCCGGGCGGGCUGCAGGAAUUUUAUGGCAGUUUUGCCAGAAAAAAUGAGCCAACAAAACCAAGAUGAGAGGUGCCAGAAGAACAUUGAGGGGGAGGAAGCCGCCGACGAGCACGAACACGAUAUGGUGAUGCCCGGAUUCCGGUUCCACCCCACGGAGGAAGAGCUCGUGGAGUUCUAUCUCCGGCGUAAGGUGGAAGGCAAGCGCUUCAACGUAGAACUCAUCACUUUUCUUGAUCUCUAUCGCUACGACCCUUGGGAACUCCCUGCAUUGGCAGCUAUAGGGGAGAAGGAGUGGUUCUUCUAUGUGCCGAGAGAUCGCAAGUACAGAAACGGUGACAGGCCUAACCGGGUGACCACUUCCGGGUACUGGAAGGCCACCGGAGCUGAUAGGAUGAUUCGCGGCGAGAAUUCAAGGUCUAUUGGGCUGAAGAAGACGCUGGUUUUCUACUCCGGCAAGGCCCCCAAAGGCAUCCGCACUAGUUGGAUUAUGAACGAAUACCGCUUGCCACACCACGAAACCGAACGCUUGCAAAAGGCGGAGAUUUCACUUUGCCGCGUGUACAAAAGGGCGGGGGUGGAUGAUCACCACCCAUCUCUGCCGCGCUCUCUCCAGACCAGCAGGGCCACCGCCACCGCCGCCGCCUCGUCCUCGUCUUCCCGGGGAACAGCCGCCAUUAAGAAGCUCCACGAAUCCUCGUUUUCGCCUUACCAGGUGGCGGAGGAGAAGAUAAGCGCAGAAACAAGCGGCAGUAGCAGCACCGAAGUCGGGACUUCGCUUGGCCUCUCCAGCUACCAAAGCUCUUACGCCGCCCCAAUUGUCCCCGCGCCGCCCUCACCGGCUUUCUUCUCCGCUUCUUCCUCCGCCGUCGCCGUCGCAGCCGACGACCUCCACAGGCUAGUCAACUCCCAACAACAGAUCUCCCUCCAACACCCCCAGCUCUUCCAAAGCCUCUCCUCCCAUUUCCCGCCGCCGCCAAUGCUGCAACCCCUUCCGCCGCAGAAUUUAGCGCUUCCGCCGGGAUCUCUCCACCAGGCGGCCGCCGCUUUCUCCGAUAGACUGUGGGAUUGGAGCUCAAUGGGAGAUGCAAGUAGAGACUAUGGUGCUGGCAAUCCAUUCAAGUAACACUAUAAUUACAUUCCAAUUCAUUAUGAUGAUGAUGAGAUAAGUAUUUUAAUUACAUACUUAAAAAUGUCCCACUGCACUCAUUUCUUUUCAAACUCUUCGACUUAGACUUAUCACACGUUAUGAUAAUAAUAGUGUAAAACUUCUCUAAAAAUAGUAUAGAUCAAUUAAGGUGUACUUGUUACGUUGCAGUUGCUACUAGUAUUAUAUAUGUGCUAGUAGUAUAUAUAUGUCGAUUAGGGUUUUAGGUUUAAUUAGUUGGAAUUGUUUUGAAAUUGUAAUAAUCUUAACUCUUACUAUCAACUUUUGUUAAUUAUUAGACUUAAUAAAUUGCCUUCAUGAAAA